UAAUUGACUCUGCUCCUAAGCUGUAAAACGCUCCGCCUGAGGCAGUGCGUGACGCUACAAGUUAAUUCUUGGGUUUAGGUUUCUACAGGACUUAAUGCGAAGGAGGGUUUCAAGCAGAUCCCGCCCUCACUGGUCUUAGUCUCUGUUUGCCCUGUUCAGAGAGAGGAGCAUUACACUCAGAUGAAACACGGAAUAGCCAAUUUUAGCGCCCUGCGGAACUGAGGGGGGAGGACAGCGAAGACGAGCCGUGAUCAUGAUUUAACCGAUCCAAACCAGCAAGUUAUCGCUGAUUUCUCGAUGGUUUCUAUAAUAAAUCAGCGGUAAGUCUUCUCUGGCGCUUGCCACUCAGUCACAGUAGCAGAGGAGCAGAAGGCCAGCUCGAUCCAGUGAAGUCGAAACCGGAGUCGGAAGUCGGAACCUGCGAUGCCAACCGCGGAUGCAGAGCCGGGCACGAUGGGCAGAGACACGGGGGCUGCAGCACCGGCCUUACCGAACCAGCCCCCCAGUGAACGCGCAGUCAGUGUGCUGUGGUCGUUUGGGAAAUGCCUGGGUGCGCUUGUGCCGGUGUACCUGGCCGGAUACUACGGCUUCAGCAUCAGCGUUGUGCUGUUCGGUCUGAUGAUCUACAUGGGAUGGAAGCACAGUCGACUGGAGAAAGUGAUGAGGCUCAAGUCUGCCAUGUACCUGCUGGAGAACGAGAGGGAGUUCACCACUGAAAAGGUUUUCAGAACCAAAAGGGAUUUGCCUCCCUGGGUCAACUUUCCAGAUGUGGAAAAAGUGGAGUGGCUGAAUAAGAUCCUGCAGCAGGCUUGGCCCUUUGUCGGCCAGUAUCUGGAGAAGUUGCUGGUAGAAACCAUUGCUCCCGCCAUCCGUGCUUCCAGUAUUCACCUGCAGACUCUCAGCUUCACCAAGGUCAACAUAGGAGAUAAGGCUUUGAAGGUGUCCGGUGUAAAGGCUCACACAGAGAACGAUAAGAGACAAGUUAUGUUGGAUUUAUACCUGAGCUAUGCUGGUGACGUCGAAGUCAAUGUUGAAAUCAAAAAGUACUUCUGCAAAGCUGGAGUGAAAGGAAUCCAGCUCCACGGGAAGCUGCGUGUGAUCCUCGAGCCUUUGAUCGGAGAUGUGCCUCUGGUUGGAGCCAUCACAAUGUUCUUCAUCCGCAGGCCUAAACUGGACAUCAACUGGACUGGGCUUACCAACCUGCUGGAUAUCCCUGGGCUGAAUGCCAUGUCGGACACUAUGAUAAUGGAUGCAAUAGCCUCCCACCUGGUGCUCCCCAAUCGUCUCACUAUCCCCCUGGUGGCCGACCUGCACGUUGCGCAGCUCCGCUCCCCUCUCCCAAGGGGAGUUGUGCGUAUCCAUCUGCUGGAGGCUGAGGACCUGACCGCUAAGGAUACAGUCAUCAAAGGUUUGAUUGAUGGGAAAUCGGACCCAUAUGCCGUUCUGCGUGUAGGAACCCAGAUCUUCACCUCUCAUCACGUAGACAGCAACCUGCACCCACAGUGGAGGGAGAUGUAUGAGGUGAUUGUCCAUGAAGUACCUGGUCAGGAGUUGGAAGUGGAAGUAUUUGACAAAGACCCAGACCAGGAUGACUUCCUGGGGAGGGCCAAGGUGGAUCUUGAUAUUGUAAAGAAGGCCAGAGUUGUGGAUGAUUGGUUCAACCUGAGGGACGUUUCAACUGGCAGUGUUCACCUCCGGCUGGAGUGGCUCUCUCUGCUGUCCUCUGCUGACAGACUGAGUGAGGUGAUCCAGAAGAACCAGAACCUGACCAGUAAGACAGCUGAUCCCCCAUCUGCCGCCAUCAUAGCCGUCUAUCUUGACCAAGCUUACGAACUGCCUAUGAGGAAAGGCAAUAAGGAUCCGAGCCCAAUGGUGCAGAUUUCCAUUCAGGAUACGACUAAAGAGAGCAAGACUUGUUACGGGACCAACAGCCCUGUGUGGGAGGAUGCUUUUACCUUCUUCAUUCAGGAUCCUCGCAAACAAGACAUUGACAUUCAAGUCAAAGAUGACGACCGUGCUCUGUCCCUAGGCAGUCUCACCAUCCCUCUGACCCGUAUUCUGGCGACCCCUGAACUCACCAUGGACCAGUGGUUCCAUCUGGAGGAUUCUGGUUCAGCCAGCCGCAUCUACGUCAAAAUUGUGCUUAGGGUUUUGUGGCUAAGUGAUGAUGCCACCCCUACAACUCCGUCUCCUCGCCCUUCAUCCUCUGGAUCCGGGAUGGGUCAGGGGGGAAUCACAUCAGAAGUGAACCCCAUGGGGCCCGGUGGGUUAGCUAAACCUCAGCCAGCACGACCGCAGCACACCACACCCGACCCGGAGUUUGCAACUGAGGGAGUGCUGCGUAUUCAUCUGUUAGAGGCCCAAAACCUGAUAGCCAAGGACAACUUCAUGGGGGGCAUGGUGAAGGGGAAGAGUGACCCCUAUGUCAAGAUCCGUGCGGCUGGUAUCACCUUCCGCAGCCACACCAUCAAAGAGAACCUCAAUCCCAUCUGGAAUGAGCUCUAUGAGGUGAUUUUGACGCAGCUUCCUGGUCAGGAGAUCCAGUUUGAGUUGUUUGACAAGGACAUCGAUCAGGACGACUUCCUCGGAAGGUUCAAGCUUAGCCUACGAGAUAUCAUCAGCGCACAAUUCAUCGAUACGUGGUACACUCUAAAUGAUGUGAAGUCAGGCCGAGUUCACCUGGUGCUGGAGUGGCUGGCCAGAGUGUCCGACCUGCCCAGACUGGAGCAGAUCCUGCAGUACCAGUCCCAGCAAGUGUACCAGAACAAGGUUGUGCCAUCAGCAGCCGUGCUCUUUGUGUAUGUGGAGCGUGCCCAUGGCCUGCCGUUGAAGAAAAGUGGAAAGGACCCAAAAGCAGGAGCUGAGAUUAUCCUCAAAGGUGUUUCACACAAAACCAAGGUUUGUGAGCGCUCCACAUCUCCUCGAUGGGACGAAGCCUUUCAUUUUUUGAUUCGUGACCCCAGAGAUGAAACACUCACGGUCAAGCUCUCGCACAGCUGGGGCCAGGCCCUCGGGUCCUUGACACUUCCUCUCAGGGAGGUGCUUGUUGAGCCGGGCUUGGUGCUGGACCGCUGGCUCAGUCUGGAUGGAGCUCUGCCAGAGAGCCAGAUCCUACUGAGGGCCACACUCAAGAUCUUGGAUACUCAGCUGGCGGUGUGUCGUCGGGCUCCGGGGGAUGCAGGUAGUGACGCAAACGAAGAGGAGGUCAUCCCCAGAUGGGUUCCAUCCCAUCUAGACAUCAGACACAGAGGUGGCUUCUCCAUAGUCAAUGAUUCAGCCACAGCGGGCCAGGUGAAGCUUACCUUGGGCUACUCCACAGAGGAGAGCAGGCUUUUCAUCACCGUUCACUCCUGCAGAUCCCUGGCAGCCUGCUCCAAGGACGGUGCAGACCCUUAUGUUUCCUUCAUCCUGCUGCCUGACAAGAAGGCCACGACCAAGAGGAGAACGGCCACCAAGAAGAGAGACCUCAACCCAGAGUUCAACGAAAGGUUUGACUUUGAUUUCUCUCUCGAGGAGUCCAUGCAGAGAAAACUGGACCUCUCUGUGAAGAACAGUGUCUCCUUCAUGAGCAGAGAGAGGGAGCUUAUCGGCAAGUUGCAGCUGGACCUGGACCAAAUAGACCUUAAGGCUGGUGUCACACAAUGGUAUGAUUUGGUAGCAGAGACCAACUAGAAGAAUCUAUGCUUGAUCUUCGGUACUAUAUAACAAUAAGUGUUGCUUCUGUGAUCUGUGAUUUGUGUUUGUAUAUUCAGCUUAAAUGAAAAUUUCCACCAUCACUGAAGGAAAAAAGAUGACAUACAUGCUUCACGACAAACACAGUCCACCAGUAUUUAUGACACUUUACAUGUAGCUUAUCAUCCAUGAAGUGUUAACUGUGCUAACUCUACUCUGUCUUGGACAGAUUCUUCAGUAGAAUAUUUUGGCUGAAUAGAUAUUUGAUAAAAAUGCAACUAUGUUGCACAACCUACCAAGUUUAUAUAUGUUUAAAAGCAUGUACAAGUCCUCUGUGAAUUUUAUUUACAAAAGGGCUUUUGCUGUGGUUACUAUCCUGAGGUAUGACAAUGUUUUAUGGAUUUACAGCAUCCUACACAACUGAAAGUGAUUCUUUUACAUUUUAUUUUUUACAAUCUUCAAACAAUUCCCGAGAUUACUUUGUUUAUAUACAUUUAUAUCAUUGCCUUAAGUAUUACAAAAACUGUGCACAGUUUGUCAGUGUUUAUGAAUUAUGUUCCAAAUGAAGUUUUAUAUGUUUUAAACAGAGCUUUCUGAAAGUUACUUUUGUAAAUCAAAGAAUUACAAACCUAGACCCUCACAUUACCACUGAAAACAGAGGUAUGAUACUGUAAGCAGAGUCUAAAUCACUGUGCUUUUAUGAAGAGAAAACUUUGUAGAUACUGAAAACACAUCGCUGGUGUUACACUCACAUGCUUCUUUGUGUUUGUAUGUGUUUGUAGCGCUAAAUGCAACUGGCUGAUGCUGUCGGCCAUGUUUAUAUUUUGCUUUUCGAGCUAAGCAGUUAUUAAAAUCAAGCAAAUAUUGAGACAGCUUCCACGUAGCACCACUGUCACUUCACCACAGAGGUCUGAGACACUGAUUUGUGGUAAUGGAUAGAAAAUAGAAACCUGCUGUAAUAAUUUGAACAUAUCAUCAUGUAGCUGCUGAAGUUCUUGAUUAAAGUUUGCACUC